AUGCCUAUAUUACAAGCAUUACGCAUCACGCAUCCUAUUGAAAACCGAGGAGGUGGUUGUGGGAAGAUUCGAGAGGCACGAACCGUCGACGUUUCAACAUUUGACAAAGUUAAUCUUCGAACGCACCCGAAAAUAAUUCUAAAAGAAAACCAUCAAUUCGACGUCGGAGUGCCGCGGCAGGAACUUGCACCGAAUCACCGGCAGAUUAGGGCAAGUUUAGCGCUGGGCCACGAGCCAGGUUUGAGCCAAGUAUCCAAAAAGCCACGAUCGACCUUUGAUGAAGAUAUCCGCUUUCGACGGUGGAAUUCGCAUUUUUCGGCACGAGACAGAAGGAACCAACAGCUUUGCGGUGUUGUUCCGAAAAAGGAUACCUCCAAUGGCAUAUUUUUGAAACGCAGGAAAAGCUGGGCGUCGCGUUGCCGAAAUCAUCGUCGUCAUUUUGUCAAACGAGCGCCUUCGUGGGAAUUCUAUGCUUGGGUAAAGCCACCGUUAACUCCUUUCCCAUUUCGAGUCAUGGGUAGUCAUCCCAUAGCAUUUCGUGGCUGCUCGUUGUCUCCCUCCCCAGAACAAGUUCGGCCCUUAACCGGUUGUCAUCACUCCUACCGCCCCAGAACACCUAACCACCACCACCACCACCACCACCACCACCUCUUUGUCGAGCCCAUCCUCAUAUCUUCAUCCACAAUGUCCGGACAAAACUCUGGAAAGCCAUCGCAGGGCUCGCAAACGACUGUGAAGGGAGGCGCAUCAUCCGCAGGCCCAGUUAAACGGCCAGCCACGACCGACACCGCUAGCGUGGCUAUUUCGUCACCACUCGAAACACACAUUCGACGUCUUCCAUCCGUCGACGAUGCUGUACGCGCAGAGAGACAGAUGCAUCAUAAUUUAUUCGAUCUCGAUGGCGGAAAACUUUGA